UAUUGGAUGGCAAAUGGUCGUUGCUUUCUGACUUUGUGUACCCUGCUAUUGAAAGCCGGAGCCACCUAGAGAACAAUCAGAUAUCAUCACCCCUUUGACCCUAUCUAACGGCCUGGAGACUCUUCUCCGGUGUCUUGCACGUUUCCAGUUAGGACUUCGCAGACAGGAACAAGAAAAAAAAAACCGCAGAUCGAACGAUAAGAGUAAGAUGGCAAACGAAAAGGACCAAACAUUCUUAGACUUUCCUUAUGAUCUCUUACAGCUUGUAGUUUCCCAUCUUCCAUUGAAAGACAACAUCCGCGCUUCUACUGUCUCCAAAACAUGGCACGAAGCUUGUCUUUCCGUUAGAAUCCCAGAUAAACCUCCUUGGCUCAUCUACUUUUCCAAGACAGAGGAAUCAUCAUGUGAACUCUAUGACCCAUCAAUGCAGAAAAGGUACUAUCUCUCGUUUCCUGAGCUCUCCGGUUCUCGUGUAUGUCACUCCAACGAAGGUUGGUUACUCAUGUACAAUCCCAACUCGUUCCAACUCUUCUUCUUCAGUCCGUUUGCUCAUGAUCGCAUCCCCUUGCCACCGCUCUGGAUGGCUUAUGAUCAGAGAAUGUAUUUCUCUUGUGCUCCUACAUCAAGUACUUGCCUCUUGUUUACAGUCACUAAUGUCACUCUAGAUAACAUCACCGUCAAGACAUGUUAUCCUAAUGCUGAAGAGUGGAACACAUUUGUGUUCAAGAAUCAGUUACCGGUUAGUACUUUCGAGCAGAUUGUUUUCUCCAAUGGUGUCUUCUACUGCCUCACAAACACUGGCCACUUAUCGAUCUUUGACCCGUCUUCAAGUUCUUGGAAUGUUUUUCUACCUGGACUACCUCUUAGGCAUCAUGGAAGCAACGGAUGUUUCAUGGCGCAACACCAAGGAGAGAUCUUUCUCAUAUACAUGUACGCCCACAUGAACCCAACAGUGCUUAGACUUGACCAUACAAGCUGUGAGUGGACUGAGAGGAAAACACUAGGAGGGUUGACGAUCUACGCUAGUGGUUUGUGUUCUGAAACUAGAGCUGAGCAGAAGCAGCCAAGGAACUGUUUGUGUCUCCCUGUGUUCCAUGGAUUCAAGAGGACUUGCAUAUACUAUAAGGUUGAUAAAGAGAGUGUGGUUUCCUUGAAGUGGAAAAAGUCUGACCCCUAUGCGAAUAUCUGGAUCAUGCCACCCUUAAACCCUAUACUUAAUCAACUUCUCUAGUAGUAUUCAAAGACAUGUACAAUAUACUUAUUUACGAAUGCUGAAAAUGGAAUAUUGUCUCAUAAGCUUGUAAUGUUACAAACAACUCUGUAUUUCUGAUCUCACACUCAUAAGCUGAUUAACAA